AUGGGCAAUGCCGUGGGUUUUGGGAAUGUGGAAUCCUUGGGCAAUGUCGCCGUGGAGAGGGAAAACUUUUGCCAGCGAAUGGGCAAUUCCCUGUGCGGAGUUUGCUUUGGGAUUUUGCUCUUCCUGGGAUCCAUCUUCCUACUGGGCUGGAAUGAGUUCAACUAUGUCCGCAACCAGGCCAUCUUGCUGAAGGUGGACAAGGAAGUGAUUGAAGCUGGAUGCGUCCCCAGUGCUUCCAAUGUUGGGAAACCCAUUUGGGCCUCAUGCGUUGUCCAACGUGGCUAUGACUUCACUACAGACCCUCAGGUGCAGAGCAUGGGCUUGUCAUUCUCAGGGGAAGUCCGGGGCGCCUGGUUCAAGGCGGACUCUACCAUCCUGCAGUGGACCGAGGACAAGAGUUGCAGCAGUCAGCGGCUGCCAGAGGAGUGGCUCGCAGAUUCAGAACUCUGGAACCAUUCCAACUUCGCUUCAACAGACCUUGAACGCUCCAGAUGGCACAGUGGGAAUGGGUUCAUCCACAGACUCCCUCUACUUUCUGGACAACAAGGAGAUGGGUGUCUUUCCAUCGGUGCCAGUGACCGUUCCUUCAGGCCAGAGGACCAGUUUGCUGCCCAACAAGCAGCUGGUGCAGGUGGACGCCGAAGCAGUUCAGUUCGGUCCCAGGACAGAACUCCAUUGGCGACGUCCGGACCACCUUCACCCAGUCCCAGGUCCAGUUUGGCCUGA